AUGUCAUCUCUGCAGAGGUCCGGCAAGACUGCCCCUCGUCUUGUACAGGAUGUUCAAGACUACGAUCCCGCCCAUCCCCCGGGCACCGGCCGCAAUCUGCUCUCUGACGUACCCCCAGUAUACCCUGAAUACUACAACGGCCCACAAGACUUCGUCUCGCCGUUAGCAUGUCGCCAUCAAUAUGCGCGAAAGGAAAUGCAGACAUUCCUGUCGCAACCGGAUCAGAGAAGGAACACCGGAACACCUUCGAGAGUCUCAGCGAUGGGUACCAAAUGCCGUACCCAUCUCCAGGUCAUCGUGAAUUACGCUGGCGCAAUCGGUCAAUCCGGACAAAACCUCUCCGGCCACAUCCAUCACUUCGUAUACAAGUCGGGCAGGCAGAGGAGUGGUGUUUCGCCCGUCGAGGUGACACCCAAGGGCCAGGUUGCGGAAUCGUUCCACUAUGAAUGCUCGUAUCUGUCGUGCUCAGCGACGACAUCCGUUCGUGUUUUGAGCCCUGUCCUCGCGGACGAUUGGGUGCGACUGUUGACCGAUGUGGACUUGCUGGCGGAGCGGACAGACGCGGCGAUUGCUGCGUAUCCGGAGCGUAUGGAGGGGAUCGCUCGGCCACCUCCUAUCAGCGUGCUGGCCAACUUGCGCAUAUACAUCACAAAUUCCAUUCGUGAUGUCCAGCGCAGUAAGUCGAUAUCGGCCGUCAACAAGAGAUUCAUGGCUUGCUUUGGUGUUGAGGGCCGGCCAUGUGGAGACUUGCUGGAAUUCUUAGGGUUCACAUUCAAGGAGGCUGAAGGACUUUGGGACCCUCCCCGGCCAAACCCAUGGGCAGAAUACCCAUACCAGGAUCAACAAAAGAUUUUCCUUGAUGAUGUUGCGCAUGAGCUGGCAGCGCUUAUGGAGCAGCGUCCAUUAUCGGAAAAAAGAGGCAACCAAGUAGAUCCUAUUGGCUCCCCAGCGUCAGAUGACCUCCUUGACGCGUUAGAAGCUUUGGCCUACCCCAAGACAACACGAUCAAACGAUUUUUCCAUGGCACCUGCACCGUACUACGAAGACUUGGGAGCUGUCGAGAACAUGUCAUCGACCCUAAUUGUUGACGCCUUCAAUCGACAAGUCUCGGUAGAUCCGGGCAGGACAUCGCUCUACCUUCAAUGCCUGAAAGCCAUCGGUGAGCUCAGGGGUGGGGAGGACGGAGCAAUCAUCGAUCAGGCUGUCCAGGUCGCCUAUGCGGAAGGAAAGUAUACCGACGACGAUAUAGUCACAGCAUAUCGUUACUUUGGCCUCAGCCAUGACGAUAUCCGUCUCACUGAAGACAGUAUUAUUGGAAAGUUUUAUGCUUUCUUGAGCUCCACUAGCCAGGAGACUGAAAGCCGGACGCAGUUAUGGAGGAUAGGAGACAGUAGGAAGAGCGAACGCAUCAAGUCCGCUGCAGAGGACAGGGUCUCCAAUGCUGAGCAAGCCCAGGUUUUCUUGGGUGUUGAUGACAAGACGUCCGAUGAUUUUAUUAUCACCAUGUAUACGGCAAAGGUGAAUGACAACCCCACAACCAGAGACCUUGCACGAAGAGCUGUCGAUCUCAUUGCCCAAUCUCGAAAAUCGGAAGGCCUGAAGCACUUCCUUCAAACCGGCGAGGCGGGUGCUGGCGAGAUGGACGUCGCAGAUGCCUACCGUCUCCUACAAAUCCCAGACCGGACCAUCGACGAUGGAGCAAUCAUGGCAGCAUAUACGAUCUGCAUUGAUGAAGCUCCAGCUCAAGCCGAGACAUAUAACCGCGCUCUGUGUCUCAUCGCACAGGACAGGGAGAGUCCACUGCUGAGCAGCAUGGUUCCCGGUGCUGCUGCACAACCUGGACGGAAUAUAUCAGAGUGGCCUGUUGGGUUACAGAAUAUUGGAAACACCUGUUACCUCAACAGCUUGCUCCAGUUCUACUUCUCUGUACUUCCGUUCCGUGAGAUGGUGCUUGAUUUCGAGAACUUUCGUAUGGAGGUGGAUGAUGAAGGUAUCGAGAAAAAGCAAGUCGGAUCACGCAAAGUACAGAAACAAGAAGUGGAGCGUUCUCAGAAGUUCCUUCGAGAACUACGAAUUCUCUUCAAUGAUAUGAUCAACUCCUCCAGGCCUUACGUUAUUCCAGGGCAAGAAUUGGCGCGAUUGACUUUAAUCAGCCCAUCCAACGAGGCCGCAAUCCGUCGCCGAUCAACAAUAUCCGCCGGAAGGCCUUCAGGUCUCGGGGAAGUCGACGGAAUGCCAAUCUUGGGCCCUCUCGGGCCUCCACAGACUACUACUGAGGAAGCUGAGAAACGAGACCCAAGCGAGAACCCUGGCAUCGCCGAGGCAGAGAGGCCUCGACGGCCUAUAAGCGACGGCGAUAGUGACGCUACUCUUGUUUCUGAGACCACCAAGCAGGGUGUACCGGCCGUCCACGCGGAUAAUCAAGAAAAUGCAUCCCAGCAGACCGAUGUUGUCAUGGAAAAUUCGGAAAACGAUGCACCCGAGACUACUAACAAUGGCGACAUGCCUCCCCUUGGGCCAGCAGACGGCCCAAUCGCACCGCCUAGCCAACCUCCGCCAGUACCUCCUCGACCUACUCCCCAGGUGGACCCGCAAAAGCAGCUCAUAGAAGAGGUGGAAAUCGGGGCUCAGCAAGACGUGACGGAGGUGAUCAAUAACGUUCUUUUCCAGAGCCAAUGCGCCAUCAGGCCCAUUGGGAUUGCAUCUGAUGGCGAGCAGCUCGACCAGAUCAAGGACUUAUUCUACGGACGGACCAAAUCUUAUCUCUCUACGGAGAAGAACGUCAGGUCAAGAGAGGAAUGGUGGUGCGAUAUCAAAGUAGACGUCGCCACCGGAUCCCGUGAUAUAUACGCGGCAAUUGACGGCGCAUUCGAUGUCCAGAAAGUGAAUAUCGACAAUUCCAUAGCCGAACAAUACGGUGCCAUCAGCAAAUUACCUCCAGUACUUCAAGUACAAGUACAGCGUGUGCAAUUUGACCCGGUAAAGAAGAGCUCUUUCAAAUCCACUCAUCAUCUCGACUUGAAAGAAACUAUCUACCUGGAUCGGUACAUGGAUACCCAGCACCCCGAGAUUCUGAAACGAAGAGAACAGUGCUGGGGGUGGAAGAAAUCUUUGAAGAAGCUUGAAGCUCGACGAGCGGACUUGUUGCGCAAGAACGAGAGCGAUGGGCUUGAUAUGCCGACGCUGUUUAGUAGCACCAAAGACUUGCUCGAUGAUCUCAACUCGAUGAAAGAAGACCCGGAGGCUGCACAGGACGCACUGGAUAUCAAUCCACAGCUUGCAUCUGAACUGGGACAGCUCUCUCAGAUUACACAAACCGAGCUGAGUCACAUCGAGAAAGAGAUCAGAGACACGCAAGCAAUGAUAUCGAGCCAGUUUGCCGAUUAUAGACAUCUGGCUUAUAGAUUGUACGCCGUCUUCGUCCAUCGUGGCUCAGUAAGCUUCGGGCAUUACUGGAUAUACAUCUACGACUUCAAAAAUAACGUCUGGCGGAAAUACAACGACAGCGAAGUCACAGAAGUUCAAGACCCAUCUGAGAUUUUCCAGGAUCGGCAAGAACAGAACCCAUCCACGCCAUAUUUCCUCGUAUAUGUCAACGACACCAUGAAGGACCGAUUAGUCAACCCUGUCUGUCGGGAAAUAGUCGAUCCUCAGUCGAAUGCCCAGACAUUUCCCGAAACAGAACAGGAUACCGCUAUGCAAGAAGCUAUCAUGGCUUCACAGCAGCCAACAGAAGGAGACGUCAACAUGGACCCACCAGCAUAUGACGAGGCAAGCGGUGGCGCACCAGGUACGGGGGCUGAUCUCCCCUCCUUAACUCAAGAGAAGAAAGCUUAUGGAAAUGAAGGGAAAUGGCCAUCCGAUACCCAGACUAACACAAACGAUGCGCAGUGGUAG